AUCCCGGAUCUCCUGUAAUCAGAAUGCAGACAAGCUCCUCCAUCCAUUUUUUCUUCUAAGAUUAAAAAUCUAAUUUUCUCGAUCUCGUUGAAUUGAUCUUACACAUCUACUUUCUUUUCUCCUAAUUUAGUAUUAAUAACUAUUUUUGGUGUGGGCAAUUGCCAAUUGUCGUUAAAGAUUAGUAGUAAUAAAUAACACACGCGUUACAAUAGCGAAACUAACAAGUUCUACUACGUACUUUGUUUCUGGAAGUAUCAAACAAAGAAAAGAAAAAACAAACAGGAAGAUUUUGCAUGUAACAAAGACAGUAUCUUCAUGAAGUCUACUACUUUGUUUAUGGUUUCUUGUGUUCUCAUGUUUUAUGUUCUUAGUCACGUGAGAGAGGUGAAAUCGGUGGCGCCGAAGAGGGUGAAGAAGGUGUGCGAAAAGUCGCAAGUAUUCAAACAAAAUUGUGGGUGGAACGGAAACAAGACUUGCAUAAGAGGCUUUAAUAAAAUUAAGGAAUACCCUUUUCAUUGCGAGUGUGGCAUUUAUGAUGAACUCAAUAGCAGACGUCUUUGCAAAUGUAAAUUUCCAUAUUCUCCUUGCUAAACUUUCUUUUCCUUCCAUAACCAUAAUAAUCUCUUUGUUAACAAAGAGACAUUCUCAAAGUUAAAAGUAAAGUAUACCUAACGUUAUUGAUGGAAGCCACUGCCUUGUGCCUCGUUUUUUUUGUUUAUCAGAAAUAAGGGAACUUUGCAUGAACCAAAGGUUAAUUAACCAGUGAGAUGAAAUGAACCCUUUUACUUCCUUCCUUCCAUGUUACUCUAAAAUAUCUCUGAAGUUACAACCUUUCGGAUU